CAGUAGUAGCAUGAGCAACGGUGAAAACUUUGAAAACAAAAGUUUGUUUUAGAAUCAAAAAGUGAAGAUGAACUCAGCAGUAAAACAGCGACAACACUCCGGGCCUUUUCUACCCGAAAUCCCCUCCAAAAACAACAACAAAGGGAGGAAGAGUACUCAGCACAGCCGGAGGAAGCAGCAGAAGGAGUUCCUCCCACCUGGGUCAGAUAAAUCAGCUGAGGUUCUCUCCAAGGCGGAAAUCUCUCUGUUCAGAAACAGUCUGAAGCAAAACAUCUGUGUGGAGCUGCUGCAACAAGGGUUUCACAGGUCGUUCUCUGAGCUGUUCCUCCUCCUCCGCUCUGAUCAGCAGCGCAGAGCGGAGGAAGAAUUUGAAUCAGACGAACUUCCUCUGGAGCAACAGUGGGACAAACUGGAGACUCUGAGACGAUACCUGAGCCGGGCCGAGCAGGCAGAAAACACCUGCUCCUGGACGGUGGUGUGUGACCAGCGUCUGUUCCUCGCUCAGUUCUUCUCGUCUCCGGAGGACCGCUGGCUUUGUUCAUAUUUCUACCACAGCUGUGCGGACCGGGAGCGGGGGGGGCGAUCCAGACCGGCUACUGAGGCCCGGGCCUGCCUCGCUGAGGUCUACCUGCAGCUGGGCGACCUCCAGGCGGCGCGGCAGCAGGCGGAUCAGUGUCUCCAGCAGGCGGGGGUUGAAGGCUGGGUGGAUUCCUCCGGUCGGCCCCUGAGGCUCCGGGCCCUCCGAGCGCUGAGCAGCGUCUACAGCCGGCUGGCCGACGCUCCUCUGGAGGCCCAGGACCACAGCGAGGCCCUCAGGCUGCUGCACAGGGGCCACAGCAUCGCUACUGAGUCUGAAGAUAAAAAGCUUGAAUUCGACGCCUUGCUUCGACUCGGACUGGCCUAUCAGAGCGCAGGAGACCACGACGCAGCCAAACAGCUCUUCAACACCUGCAUGCAGAUCUGUGGCUCGCUGCAUGAUGCUGAAGGACUGGGGAAGUCCUACAAGGCUAUGUCCAAAUCUAUAGAGAGUGAGGGAAACACACAGGAAACACUGGAGUGUCUGGAGAAGUUGGUGGACAUCUGUCGUGAUAACGGGCUGAAACGCAAUCUGGCCGACGCAUUCCUCUGUCUGGGAAAUACCUACUUUACAAUGCGUGAGUACAGCAGAGCCUCUGAGUUCUUCCUGCAGGGUUACGAAGUUUCCUGUGAGCUGGGAGACGUGGCUCUGCUGCAGAAAGCUCAGGUGUUAGUGGGAACUUCUCGCGCUCGCUCUCUGUUCGGGAAGUUCAGCGCUGACGUGGAGUCGUGUUCUCCGGCCGCUCUGAAACGCCUCAUCUCGUGGAAAGAGACGAGAGGACGACAGGAAGUCGGCUCAGAUUCUACAGGAAGUGAUGCUGCUUCUGCCUGGUGCUGAAAAUACAUCCCAUAACAACAACACUGGGGAACACAGCUGCUCUUUAUACCCUGUAA